AAAGUACCUUAAACUUCCGCAGAAAGCGUUCAAAAUGAUAUCAUUAACACAUUUUUGGUAGUGUGAAAGCUCGCCUAGACCGAACUUCAGAACAGAUGCGAUGACAAUUUUUAAUUUUAAUAAAGACUUUUAACUCGAUUAAAUCCAAAUAUAUUCCGUUAAAAAAUUUAAUCGGGAUAGCAACAGAUGAUGCAAGUGUUAUGGCAGGCAAUAUACGGGGACUGAAAGCCUUGUUGAAAACAGAAACGGAUGUUUUUCAUAUAACAUGCACGUGCCAUUCGUUGCAUUUGUGUUGCAGUUACGCUUGCAAAUAACAACCAUGCAGUAUAGAAGUUUUAUGUAGAAACAUUUAUUCUUUUUUUCUCAUAGCCGCAAGCGCAUCUAUGAAUUACGAGAAUUUUAAGAUUAUUUUCAGUAAAACCGCACAAAAUUCUAAGUAUUUCCUAAACCAGAUGGCUAAGUCUAGAGGGUGUAAUUUGCAGGAUUAUCGAACAAUGGGAAAGUGUGAGGUUAUGUUUUUUUUACAAAUUAUCUUGAAUUGAGCAACAUGCGACAUAUUUUCUAAAUAUUUCAUAUUACGACAACAAAGUCAUUAAUUGCGUUCGUUCAUAACUCUGUGUCGCGUUCUUUUUACUGUGCGCCUGGUCAACUUCUCGCAAAAGCGUGAGGAUGACAAAAAUGAAGUUUAAAUAAAUGAAAUUGAAUGAUUUCAGUAAGUUUGAACAAAGCCGGCCAAAAUUUAAUUUUAGUAGUUGAAGAAUUUGUCUGAUGUUCGGUUAUAUCGGUUAUCGCAUUAAUUCAAAAACAGCAUAAAUAAUUUUUCACUAGCAAAGCACUGCCAAAGACAAAUGUGACAACGAGGCCGACAUUGUCGCAAAAUUGUCGAUUCAAACAAAUUUUGUCAACUUUGCGAACAGUUCGGCGUCAAUAUGUAUGCGAGCUCGUAUGUAGGUAGGUUGACAAAGUUGUCAUUUCGUUGUUUUCAACGUUUUGUCAGAACUCAACCCUUUUACCAGUAACACAAUAUUACUCCUUGCUGUUACUUCCAUGGCAUGCCAGCAUGCACAGAGGCGUUUUAUCUGAGGCUGUACUAUUAAUGAUAGCGAUUGAUUUGUAAUUAAGGUUGAGGUUAAGUUGUUUUCCUAAUAUAAUAAUAUUUAUUAUUAAUUUUAAAAUUUUGGAAAUAAAAUUGGGGCCUUUGACCCCUCCAUACUUCGAUUGUUCAACUUGCUUCGUUCUAACCAUUGAAAGCAAAAGUGAAGAGCUUGGAACAUUUCCACAACAGAACCGGCUUCUUCUUUGAUACUGGAAUUGACCCAGAUUUUAUCCGGGAAGAGCUGUUAUUUCGAUGAUGUAACCCUUUAACUUUCAUCCCGCUCCAAUUCCCGUGUGUGGGCCACAAGCCAACACUUGGUUCCUUGCACUAUAUGUUCCGUAAUACGUCGGAACAUCACAUCAGUAAGAUGCAAAUCUUGCACUGGCUAGUGUCAUUUUCCGAUGUGUUCCGGCCUGCGCACCACACGUGAGUGAAAUGUGUCAUACCAACACCUCCCAGGAUCACUACUACUUUACUGCGACAAACCCGACUUUCCCAAUUAAACUGCAACGGACUAACGAGCAAGAUCGAAGAGGUAGUUGAUUUUAUGAGCCGGGAGGUAGCUACGGUCCAAAAAACCAAGCUGAACAGCCGCUCAGAUCUGCGAAGAUGCGCAGGUUUCAACGUAUUACGUAAAGAUCGCGAGCGAGGUAGUGGUGGUGGCCUAGCCUUCAUUUUGCACCACACAAUUAUUAGUAUAAACAUCUCCCCAGUUACUUGUUGCCCAACAGCAUACCGCUCGAACAUAGGUUUGUUGCUUCAUAGCGACAACCGAUUGGUACUUGGCGGCUUUAACGCACACAACGAUCAUUGGCAUUCCUCCCUGUCAAACGAUCGUAGGGGGAAGAAGCUGGCGGAACAGAUAGACAAUUCGACAUUCUACACCCCAACAGAAUUAUGGGCAACUGUAGCAGCUCGCCUGACAUCACCAUCGCUAGUGGUGGUCUGAUAAACAGCAUAACCUUUGGACCUAUGCUAAUUCUAGCAACGGUCCUGUCCAUAAUAAUCUCGAUCGCAAAACACACUGACUUUAUUUCUGUGGACAACCGCACCUACGUUAACUUUAACAAAGCGAACUGUGUGGGCUUCACAGAAUUCACAGAGAGCACCUUCAACGCACUAUCCAUUCCUACGGACGUAUUCGUUGACGAACGGCAAUUUCGCAAGGUAAUCGAUGCUGCUACUGCUCACUUCAUUCCAGUUGGUAGAAUCCAAGAACUACGAACUAAUUUCCCAUCUGAAGUAGCAGCCUUAACAAAUGAGCGCGACACCUUACGCCAGGCCGAUACCUGUGAUCCCCGUAUCAGGGUUCUCAAUUUGGAGAUUCGAAAACUGGUAGGUCAACAUAAGCGGAUGAAAUGGGUGGACCACCUGAAUUCAUGGAACCUCUCCGCCGGAGUGAGCAAGCUUUGAACUACUGUCAAAUCGCUGUCCAACUCGAAGAGACACAACGAUGAUCAUCCAAUUCGACAGUCUUGCCUCUUCGGACCCGAAGAAGUGUGUAAGCUAUUUUAGCCGACAAUUUAUACCGCACCCUUCGAUGGAUUAGGCGAAAAAAUAUGCUACCCGAUGGUUGCGCAGCACCACAACAGCACUUAUCGUCAUAAACGCCCCGAUAGCUCGUGGCCACAACCAGAAACCACCCUGCGAGAGUACUGUCUUUGUAGUGUAGGACCUGUCAAAAGCGUUUGACACCGUCAAUCACACAACGCUACUUGAGGUCAUUGAAUAAACCCCGCUCCCUCCAGGACUAAGCGGUCGUCAAUCAUCGGUAUUCUUUAGAGGUAAACAAUCAAAAUUAAGGAGAAUUAAAUAGGGGGUUCCGCAGGGUGGUGCCCUCUCCCCGUUAUUGUUUAAUCACUACAACCACCAGAAGGAGUCUCAAUUACCUCAUACGCAGGGGAUUGCACGAAAACGACGUCGGACAAUGAAAUCAAUGGCAUGUGUUCAAAAGUGAACGUCUAAGUCUAAGAACUUUCUCGCUUCUUCACUGCUAGAAACCUAAAUCUUUCCCUGCCAAAUCAACGGCCACCCUAUUUACUCACUGGACAAAGAAAUACAGAUUGGACCUCAACAUUUUCGUCGAUGACGUCAAAAUUCUUACGACAAAUAAUCCUAAAAUGUAAUAUGUCAGUCUGUGUCUGUCAGAAAAGUACAGAGCUGCAACAAGUUCAUCAAACCGCUUGCCCGCUGCAAUUGGGACACAGACAAAGAGACGUUGUUGUCAACAUACAAGGCAAUCGGCCGGCCGGUUAUCAACCCCCGCCCCAAUAUGGUCGCCUGGAUGCCUCAGAACGCAGAUGGAGAAGAUUCAGACCUGCCAGAACACCGCACUCCGGACUGCAACAGGAUGUCUCCUGAUAUCUCCUAUCGAACAUCUACACAGUGAGGCCCGCAUGCUUCCUAUAAAGGAGCAUAACACACAUCUCUCCAAGCAGUCAUCUGCCUGAAGCGGAGGCGCCUCCCAGGAACAUCAGGAGAACAUUCCUCCAACAAGUUGACGAACUAGCACCAUAUACCGACCGACCGUUUCGGACGCGACUAACUUUCGACAGGCACUGAACGCCAUUCACAGUGGAACUAUAAACACCUUCUUUAACUCCCUUCCAGUGAAUGGCAUACUUGGAGUCCAAACACCAUACCGACAUACAAAAUUCAUAUCCUGCAUGUACCGGGUCCCCGCACGACACUAAUCCCCUCUAUGGAUGUCUAAUGAAACCUGCUCACUUAACCCGCCUCUUCAUAUGCUCCAAGCCCGUCGAAGCAGCGAGUUUCCUGUGCCUACCGUUAAGUGAUUUCGAUGACAGCUAACUUAUUACUUUCCCUCUAACAGGGUCUGGAUAAUCAUUACAACAACAACAACAAGAUUGGAACAUUGUUUGCGCGGGGCAAAGAGAAGUAAUUAUUAACAUACGUGUAUUUAUGAAUGUAUGGUAUAUGUGUUUGUCAAAUUUGCAUACACAAUAAGAGAACAUUUA